AGAGAGAGAGGGGGAGAGUGUGGAGUGAACAAGGGACCAAGUGAGUGAGUGUAAAAAGGGGGCUGCUAAUUCAGGUCCUAACGUGAAGCACUGCGUCUCCGGGGUGUGUGGAUGGACUGAUCUGUGCUGAGGAGCUCCACGCCGUCCUUCUGCCUCACUCACUUUACUUACAGUUCUUGUGUCCACACGUCACCUGCAGGAUGAAGACGCUACUCGCAGCAUACUCAGGGGUCCAAAAGGGUUCAGGUUCUCGGUUCCUCUCCGCUCUGCAGGGUCUGCCCUCAGCCCCAUGGCUCUCCAAAUCCAAACUGGUGAAGCAGCUGCAGGCCAUCUCCGUCCUCCAGUUCAUCAUCACCUUCCUCGCUCUGGGCAUUGCUGCCACGGUCCUGCUGCUCUGCCUGCUGUUCACAGACUGGUGGGUACUCUCAGCUGUUUACAUCGCCUGGCUCAUCUUUGACUGGAACACACCCAAACAAGGUGGCCGCAGAUCAGCGUGGGUGAGGAGCUGGACUGUCUGGACGUACUUCAGAGAUUAUUUUCCUGUCCGACUCAUUAAGACCUAUAACCUUCCCCCCAACCGUAACUACAUCUUCGGCUACCAUCCUCACGGCAUCUUCUGCUUCGGAGCUUUCUGUAACUUCUCCACCGAGGCCACCGGGUUCUCCAAGAAAUUCCCGGGGAUCAAGCCGUCCCUCGCCACGCUGGCCGGAAACUUCCGCUUGCCCCUGCUCAGGGAUUAUUUAAUGUCUGGAGGUAUUUGUCCGGUGAAUCGUCACUCCAUCGAUUAUCUCCUGUCCUGUAACGGGACGGGGAACGCCGUGGUCAUCGUAGUGGGUGGAGCUGCUGAGUCUCUUAACUGCGCCCCGGGAGUGAACUCAGUCACGCUGAGAAACCGCAAAGGCUUCGUCAGACUCGCACUGCAGAAAGGAGCGGACCUGGUGCCCGUGUACUCAUUCGGGGAGAACGAGGCGUAUAAGCAGGUGAUAUUUGAAGAGGGUUCGAGGUGGCGCUGGGUUCAGAGGAAGCUGCAGAAGCUGCUCGGUUUCGCUCCAUGCAUCUUCCACGGCUGUGGGUUCUUCUCCACCAAGUCCUGGGGCUUCGUCCCGUACGGCAAACCCAUCAACACCGUCGUUGGAGAACCCAUCACGGUGCCCAAGCUGGAGGACCCGAGUCCAGACGUGGUGGAGAUGUACCACACCAUGUACAUCAACUCUCUCACCACGCUGUUCAAUAAGUACAAGACACGCUUCGGCCUGAAUGAGUCCGACGUCCUCCUCAUUCACUGAAGAAGAAGAAGAAGAAGAAGCGGAUGAUGAUGAAGGAGAAGAACAAAGAGAUAAAGGAGAAGGUGUUUUUCCUCAAAAACAGCCGAACCCAGAGAGUUUUUCCACCACGCAAACACACACCACUGAGACCAUCACGGCUGUGUUCCAUUCCAGUCCACUUCUCUUCUGCUUUGUCACUUCCUCCUGGCUCAGUCCCAAAACCCUCAAAACAUGUUUUCAAGGACAAACCCUUUAUUUUUGAUGGCAGAAUAAAUCACUGCUUCCCCAUGAGGCCCUUUCAGUAAUCCAUGGCCUUGAUUUGCAUAUUAGAUCCUGAUUGGCUGUUAGAUCUGAUGAUGUAGUAACUCAUUCUCCAAAUCAGAUUUCGCAAGAUCUGACAAAAAAAUGGUGCAAAACUCAGUACACACUCAGGUUCAGGGUCGUUCUCGUGCCUUAAUCGGCUCAAAUGGUUAUACAAGAUUUAUAGGAGUGUUAGAUUCUGUUUUGUUAUAUUAUUAUAUUAGCGUUAUAUGAGUGAUUGAGUCGCUGUAGACCUGACAGUGCCUGCGUAAUAAAGUCGUAUAAGAGGUAAAGAGCUAAAUCCAACAUGGCUUCCCACAGGGCAAAUAACACACUAUUAUAAUUCACGAUAUUACUGUAAUACACUACACAGUGAGCAUAAGUCAUGUAGUCAGACUGCUGCUCAAGUGCACUUUCAUGAGUAGUUUAGAUGAAAGACAUUAGAACAACACCGAUGGACAUCACUGAAGAUCAGGAGUGAAAUGUUUUGGGGUGAAUUCUUUUUCUCUCUGAUUGUAAAUCCAGGUUUAUUAGAUCUUUUAAGUUAUUAUUAUUAUUUUCCAUGUUUUUAAUGUUUUUAUUUUGCACAAGCAAUGCAAUGCAAUGUGAAAGACACAGCUGUAGCCGGAGACACAGACGGGACUGUGUUUAAGCAGGAGAAAGGAAACGAUUGUGUUUAUAAUCAGUGCACAGAUAGACAUGUGAAAUCAACAGAAAACUGAACUCAUUUCCUGGUGAAAGGAAACGGCAAAGUGAAGAUUAUCGUCCGCUGUAGAAGUCUGAUCAUAUCUGUGUACGGUCUGAAUCAAGAUGUCUAUGUGUAAUUGUCCAAAAGGGUGUCUAAUGUAUUAUUACAUGCUGAUAAAGUGUUAAUAAAUACAUACGGUAAAGUGUAUACACACACACAAACACACACAGGCUAAACAGAAAAACAAGUGAAAUGUAAAAGAGUGACUUUUACUGCAGAUCUGAUUUCAUGUAAUAAAACAUUGACUAUCUUUAUAAUUAUUGUAUUUUAUGUUAAAAUGUUAUAAAUAUGUAAAGUGUAAAGUUUAUCAAUUGUUUCUGUAAAUUGUUGUUCAGUAUUACACACACACACACACACACACAC